GGGGAGGAACCUGCAACCUAGGUUAUGUGCCCUUGACCGGAAUCGAGUCCGGGACCCUUGGGUCCACAGGCCCACGCGCUAUCCACCGAAGACGCCGGCUAGGGCCAAACAUUAGAGCUUUGAUAGAAUUGGGGAUGCUAGAUUCCAGUGUCGCACAGCACGUUGCCGAGCCUGGUGGUUUGGUUAAGUGCCGCGGGCGCGCGCUACUGCGUUUGUCAGCCACAGUCUGCGCCCGCUCCUGCGUCCAGGACAUAAGCUCGGCCGCUAGGUGUCCACUGGCGCGGGCCCCACACUCGGCGUCUGGAGGUGCACCGGCCAGCAGAUGGCCUCCGCCCACAGCCCUGCAGCUGGUGCGUUGUCGGGAAGUUUCACAGGAUCUGAAGUACACAGCACAGUGCUAGCCGAGGACUCUGGUAGCUCUGGGUAACAUAGUCUAAGCCAUCUGAUUGGGCCCAGCAAAGUAAUCAAAUAGCCAAUGAAAAGGUACAAUGAAAAGUUUAUUUACAUGCUCAUUUGUGACGACAACCUAUGAAUCCUCCAAUCAGGAUCGAAAUCUAACUAUCCUCAUUUGAAUACAUCGUCUAUAAAUAAUCGCGCCGCUGUUGAGGGGUCAUUACUUCCUCCAGUGUGAGCGACAGUGGGACACCCAUCGCAGUUAUGCCCGAGCCCGCGAAGUCCGCGCCCGCCCCGAAGAAGGGCUCCAAGAAGGCGGUGACCAAGGCGCAGAAGAAGGACGGCAAGAAGCGCAAGCGCAGCCGCAAGGAGAGCUACUCGGUGUACGUGUACAAGGUGCUCAAGCAGGUGCACCCCGACACCGGCAUCUCGUCCAAGGCCAUGGGCAUCAUGAACUCGUUCGUCAACGACAUCUUCGAGCGCAUCGCGGGCGAGGCGUCGCGCCUGGCGCAUUACAACAAGCGCUCGACCAUCACGUCCCGCGAGAUCCAGACGGCCGUGCGCCUGCUGCUGCCCGGCGAGCUGGCCAAGCACGCCGUGUCCGAGGGCACCAAGGCCGUCACCAAGUACACCAGCUCCAAGUAGACGCGCAAGGCAGAGAUGAAUGCGGAGAAGAAAUGAAUGCAAACAGUAACUGAAAAUGUGAAUCAACCCAUAGAAGUUAUGAAAUACGCAAAGUCUGAUCUGCCUGAGAAUAAUUACUGUUUAUCCCACACACACCCAACCCCUCCUGGUUCCUGCACAUUGAUUCAUCAAAAGGUCAUUACCUGAGUGGAGGAGUCCAAACACGGUGUUUUAUUUUAGCUUUCUCAUUUUAUUACUCGUUUCAGUCAUAAAAGUAGAAUUUACUUCUGUCACAAGCCUACUUACUGGGAAUUCUUUCUUUCCCAUGGACUACCUUUGCUUAGAGAAGUCUGAAUGAGAGGAUUGGCCACACAUCUGCGAUAUGAUUAAUAAAAAUUUGUGGAGUAAGUACUGGAA